ACAAGUCGUUUAAUUCUCGCUUGGCGACGAUUUAAAUUGCGCGCGAAAUUCUUCUUUUAAUAAUCAUUACCGUGACGAGCUUUCGUUGAUUUUUGUUUCAGUUUCUUAACGUCUUGUUCUGUCGUGUAAAGCACGCUUCAAGAUCGCCCGCUCGCUCGCUUGCGACGCGUUUCAGCGGUGGACGCAGCAUAUUAAACGUCGCAGGCGCGGCUGCUCGCGUUGGGAGGCUGCUGUAUGUACAGGCGAGGCCGCCUCCUCCUCUCACUCAUCCCGACGGGGCCCCCCCCGCCUCACCGAGAUCACUAAACAGAAUGCCGGUGAAACCCUUGCCAGCCACGAGUUUACCUGAUCACCACUGCCCUCCAGGACUGAAGCGGAUAUACUUUCGUGAUCUCGAUGUUGGCAAAGUUAGAGACAACCGCUAUGUCAAGGGGCGAAUUUGCAAGAGGUUUCCGCUGAUCACUGGGAAUACUAAACUAAUCAAAGUGGUCUUGGAGGAAGAUGAUGCCGGACCUUCAACGGCUGAUGGAAAAGCCAUGAAUGUGUUCAUCUUUGGAAGUCUGGCCCUUGAGAGUGACAAAGCUUUGAAUGAUGGGGACGUUGUGGCCCUGUCGGAGUUCUUAGUGGACAAGUCGCCACAUGCAAAUAAAGAUGGGCGCCACCGUCUGCAGCUGGAGCUCAGCAAUGACGACUGCUCCUGCAUCUGGACAUCUCCACCCACGUCUUCCACAACACUUGUGAAUAAUGCAGACGUUUCGAGUCCGCCGACCAAAAGGAAAGCCAAGAAUUCGGAUGUAAGCUACACAUACGUCACCAUCGACAAGAUUCGAGAGGGCAUGGUGGUGAACGUCUAUGCUGCUGUCAAGUUCUUCAGGCCUCCGACAUCCACAAACGGCACAGAUCACUUCAUGAUACUGUCGCUGGUAGACCAGAGCAAGCCGGAGCAUGGGCUCCGGUGCAUGCUGUUUGGCCAUCCUGAGCAGCUGCCACAGGUCACACGCGUCGGAGACAUCGUGAGGAUGCACAGGCUCAAGGUCCAGCUAUACCAAGGGGUGCUGCAGGGCAGCAGUAGCCCCGGGUUCUCGACGCUUGUGUUUAGCGGUCAAAUGGGCGCUUCAAUGGAACCGUCCUCCACCACUAAAAACUACCACCUCAACCCAGCCGUGGACCACACGAUCCUGCUGGCUCUCCGUCAGUGGGCGUCCGAGCGCUUUGUGUCACCCUCCUACGGUGUCUGCUUCUCUGAAGUCAAGCCACCCCAGUUCCUGGAUAUUCGGUGUCAACUCGUGGCCAAGGCCGUGGUCGACCACAGGACGACCAUUCUCAAGGUAUGGGACGGAACACACUGCCCUUACCCCAUCCACUGCUUUCCUAUCGACUAUUCUAUCCUGGUGUCAAGUUCGGACUUACUUCAGCGGUCAAGAGGACUGGUCGUGGAUAUUGCCGCCUAUGAUAACCAUGCGAAAACCACAAGGGACCUGCAGCUGGGGUCGUUCCUGGAGAUUUUAAACCUGCACAGCUACCUACGGCAGUCAAGGGACAAGUCCGAUACGACCCAGGGCGAGCUGGAGUUCGUUCUACACGGGGGUGGUACCGCCUUCGGCCGUGCCAUCAUCACGCUCCCCAAAGACAGCCCAGAGCUCCUCUCGCUGCAUCGGGCUCUGGGAAAGGUGGCAGAGGAAGCUGCAGAUGCCUUGCUCACAGAUUCUCUGCUAGCAGCAGCAGACGACACGGAUGAAAAUACACAUUGUGAUGGACAUUUCUUCAAGGAAGAUGCAAGACCAAACAGCUCUUCACCAGAAGAGUGGCAGGGCGAGGCAGUGGAAGGCUUAGUGGGCCCACAGGAGGAGCUCAGCGAUGACGACACGGAACCUCGCUGCCUGCAACGUUCGGCCACCGUUCUGACGGCCCACCAUCACAUAAAGGCCGUUGCCCUGAGCACGGUGUUGGCUGCCCCGGUCCCGAAUAAACAUCGCGUCCGCGCCAGGCUCAUCGGCUACCGUCCAGAGUCGAUCUUGCGCAGCAUCAGGCUGCACUGCCCGCGGUGCAACGCCCUCCGGGACAUCCCGAGCCAGGAGGUCGUCUCGUCGGUGCUCAAAGGCCUGGCCACGUGGCCGGAUGACCCGGUGGUGCAGAGGAGCAAGGAGGACGAGUCCAGCUUGUGGAGCCACUGCUCCGAGGAGGACGCGGCUGCCUUGGAAGAUGGCUGGACCUGCCGAGAAAGACCCGUCUUCCGCUACGUGCCGUGUGGUGGAAGAACGGGCGCUAAGCAGGCGUCUGCUUUGCUCGUGGAAGGCACGGCUGUAACGGAACUGCAAAACCUUUCCGAAGACGUUGGGUGCGUCAUCCCCGUGACGCCGCGGGACAACAUUCUCACCAUGUGCGAUGACCCAGUUCCGUUUGUCAUCAAAAAGAGUCGGAGUUACUUCAGAUGUCUGAAUUGCAGUCAGCCAAGAGCAGGAAGUCUUUGCGGCUUGGAGAAGUUAAAAUCCUUUGACGUGAACAAGAUCGCUGGAGCUUUGGGAAUACAACCCAUGCGCUAUAUCUUCACUCUGAGAUUCCAACUGCGCGACUCCACGGGCGACAUCGUGGCCUCGCUCGCUGCAGACGAGGCCGUAAGUUGCAACUCAAUCCCCUCCACAACCCCCCCGCCCCCCCCACCGCUAGCUGUCGGGUUACACCUCACAGGGCAGCGACACCGCGUUUCCAGCCGGUGGGGAAGCAAGCCGGGUGAAUGGUCUCAGCUGAGAUUACGACGGCAGCCUUACCAGGCCGACCAGACUCGAGUGCCCAAUUUUACGAGCAGUGCCACGGGCUUUCACCUGGGCCACCCUUGGGAAACACUCGUGAUAAUCCACGGGGUCGGUGCAUAAGAAGAGACGGGCUCGGACAUUGACGUCCCUCGCUGAGGUCAACGUGAGGGCUGUGGUUUUGGGGACUGUCCUUGUCAUCGUCCGGAAUGAUAAAUCCACUGCCGUCAUAAAUAUUCCUGCGAUGCAAAUUCCAUCCAGCUCUUAAACCCGAGCUGAUGUCGUUGCUUCUUGAGCGUGUAUCCACCUUUGGCUGCCAAUGUCGUUCGUCUUGACCACUGACCAUCCCUUCUAGGGACAUGUCCUGCCCGAGCACGCCAAGCGACUGCGUACGAGUUUAUUUCAUCGCUCCAUAUCUGCAGCGGCGAACCUUGUUUGUGUUUGUUCAACUUUUGCUAGUCUAACCUAACUAAAGUCUCCGUUAAACACUCCUUAAAGUAAACUCUUAUUGUGAUUGCGCCCCUGCGGCUGUGGAGCAUAGAAAGAGGGCAGAGUGGGAAGGGCUGAACCCAUGGCUGCAUGACUUGGGCAGCAGUGCAAAAUUCGAGCUAAGCUGGUCCAGGACAAUUCCUAGAGUGAUGAGUCUACUUGCCAGUUGUCAUUAGAAUAUAGCAUCAGAUUGUUGUACUGCCUCAUGCUACUACUUCUCAAGUGCUGCUUCGCUAACUUUAGUGGAAAACUGCUGGGCAAGCAACGAGGGCGCCAUGCGUUUGCCACAAAUAAACCACAAUACCUUGCUGAUCUCGUUAAGGAGCAUAGACCAUCACCUGCACUCUGGUGAUCCUCACAGAAGCGGAUGUUGGCUAGCCAUCAUACAAAGACAGUCACUGCAUGACACUCUUUCAGGUACGCUUCUGUGGCUGUCUGGAAUGCUCUUCCGAUAUUCGGAAGCCACUGGAGCUACGUACUUUUAAAUCAAGAUUGAAAACUAAUUUAAUUACAACUACGUUUUGUUUAGUUUGUUAUCCUUCCCCCACACUUGUGAUUAGCAUGGUUGGCGCCAUACAGUGCGAAAGAAGUUCUACAUACAUACAUACAUGUUGCCAUAAGCACGACCCCACAGCAUCGCCAAACACAAUGGAGCCUUUCAACGGGACGCGCAAAGACUCAUUUUCACAGUUAUUAAUUGCUGGCAGAGUACUAAUUGAACUCUUGGGGAUGAUGGUGAUAAGUGUAGGUGCUGUGAUGUGUGCCAGCGUGUGCGUGCCCAUCCUGACCGCUGGUUUUUAAUUGUCACCUGUUGCACCACGGUCGUCCUAAUUGCGUUUUAAGCAAGAGUACAGUGGGACCGAUCUCUCCGUCUGGAGCUGCAGUCUUUCUGUGUUCGUCUCAGCCAGCAAUAACUGCGAAUCUCUGCGCAGGAGAAUAUUUUUCUGCGGGCUACAAGCAGAGGAGGUGCUUGUGGAUCAAGAUUUGCAGCGUCGUCUGGUGGACAUCUUGCACCGGCUGUGUCCCUACGAUAGUAACGCAGAGAACCACCCGUGGCUCGAGUGCUGCCUGAAGUCAUUUUACAGCGACAACCUGAAAGCCCAGCGGAGAGUGCACUAUCGCAUCUUCAGCUCGACGCUGGGCACAGACGAGUGACAAUUCUCUGCAGAGGUGAUGUUGCGUUGAGGGUAACCCAGCGCUGCCCCCCCCCCCCAACCACCCCAUUCCCGUGUCUUUCACCUGAUAUUAAAUGGGUCCUACAAAAGAGCUGGCUGAAGGUGGAGUGUGGUGGGAUCUGAUCGAGACCGGAGUAAAAUGUGUCCCGACUUGUUCUUACUUUCCUUCUCCGCGGUCGAUAAUGUAAAUUGUAUACCGUUUAUACCAAGGGCUUUCGGUACAAUGAAUCAAGUUGGCAGGUCGUCCAUGCAAACAUUGGCUUGUGAUUAGUUAUAUUAAGCAAUCUGUGGUAUUCACUUUGGGAAUACGACACGUUUUUUCACCAGGAUAUGGACUGCAAUUUUCCAAAUGUGGUAAUUGUCAUUAACACAGGCGCGUCUCCCGUAAACAGCAAGAUGCGUUUCGCGAAAAUUGCUCGGCAAGCUAGUAUCUGUGAAUCGAUCUGUCGCAUUCCCAUUGACUCCUCUCAUGCUACAAGCCAAGUUACGAUUCGGCCCCAUCAUCUUCCACUCUUUUUUUUAAUUAGAUUCAAAUUACUGGAUAAUUUUUUUAUAAAGAACAUGGAAUUUAACACCACACGUGAAGAACCACAGUGCAAGGUCCCCUCGAUAGCCUGAACAGACUGUUGGGGCAAGUGCUGUGAGCAGAGUAGCAGCCAUCAAGGCCAGUACGGCACACAUGAGGGGUGAGUGGCCAGCACCACGCCUGGCCGCCUUUGUCUCAUUCGUGGUGAUGUUUACACACCGCAGCACAGCUGGUAAACAAACAGCUGCGCCUGCGGUGCAUCCCCUGGUGCCACGGGACGCAUUUUUAUGCAUCGGUCUUCGCUAGAUAAGCGAAUAUGUUGAUAGCUUUUCGAACAAAUGGGUAGAAAUUCAAAUUGUUCGUGAUAGCGAAUUCUCAGAAAGAAAGCCCGUUAAGUGAGACACGCCUGUAACCUUAAUGGAUUUACAGUAGGUUUUACACUUUAAUGUUUUUUUAGAAAAAUGUGUUUACAGAAUGACAGACUUUUGCUGCCCCCUCCUGGUAUGUUGAGCCAAUAAAAAAAACGUCAUGA